AUGAGAACAGCACUUCUAGCGCUCGCUGCCAUUGGCGCUCAAGCCUGUCAGCGUGAACGUGCAUUCUUCCAUCACCCGCAUAAGCAUGUCAAGAGGCAAUCCGUCUUCCCUCCAGCCUUGACGCCCAAUGAGGAGAUCUUGCUGAACUCGUUCGAUUCCGUCUCGAUAUCGGAAUGGUCGUACUACUAUACUCAUGGCCAGCAUUUGGCCGGUCAGAACGAGUCAAUGGCACAGUGGACAGCUGACAAAUGGUCUGAAUAUGGCUUCACAUCAAGGCUCGACGAAUACUAUGUCUUCCUCAACUAUCCUGUAUCGAACUCGCUACAGCUUACCUAUUCCAACGGUAGUACUUACACCCCGACCCUCAUGGAAGAUGUACUGGAAGAGGACGAGACCACCAGCUAUCCCAACAGUGUCCCCGUCUUCCAUGGCUACAGCUUCACAGGCAACGCAUCUGCAGAAUACGUUUACGUCGGAAGAGGCCAGCAGGUCGACUUUGACCGCCUCGAAGCUCUUGGUGUCGAACUUGAGGGCAAGAUCGCUCUAGCAAAGUACGGUGGACCAUUCCGUGGGCUGAAAGUCAAGAAUGCACAAGAUCACGGCAUGAUCGGUGCUGUGAUCUUCACCGAUCCUGGUGAUGACGGCAAUAUGACUGAAGCGAAGGGAGUGGCUCCAUACCCCUACGGCGGAGCGAGGAACCCUUCAACCGUUCAACGCGGAUCUGUCCAGUUCUUGUCUACGUAUCCCGGCGACCCAACUACUCCAGGUUACGUCUCCAAGCCAGACUCCCCACGCGCAGAUCGCACCGACAUCACCCCGCAAAUUCCAUCACUGCCUAUCUCCUGGAUCGAGGCUCAACCGCUUCUCCAAGCCCUCAACGGCUUUGGAACCAACGGCACCGAGGUCAACAGGACGCGGUGGGUUGGUGCUAUCCCCGGCGUAGACUACUUCACUGGCGAGGGAUCCGGCGCAUCGCUUUCAUUGAGCAAUGUAAUGAACGACACCUACGGUACCAUCUGGAACGCAGUCGGCAUCAUCAACGGUACGAACGAAGACGAGGUCGUCAUUGUGGGCAACCAUCGUGACGCUUGGAUUGUUGGCGGUGCCGCCGACCCCAAUUCCGGAUCCGCUGUACUUAUCGAGCUGGCCAAGGCUUUCGGCGCUCUUGCCGAGACAGGCUGGAAACCAAUGCGAACCAUUGUACUCUGCAGCUGGGACGCCGAAGAGUAUGGUCUUGUUGGAAGUACUGAGUGGAUGGAGGAGUACAUCCCUUGGCUGAAGAACGCCGCCGUGUCCUACCUCAACAUCGACGUCGCUGUCAGUGGACCAAUCCCAGACGUUUCAGCAACCCCAGACUUACACGCCAUCGCCACCGGCCUGAUGAAGAAGGUCGUGUACCCCUACCGCAACGACACCGGUCUCACCAUGUACGAUGUCUGGUCGCACGAAAGCGGUGAAGUCGGUGUACUCGGCAGUGGUAGUGACUAUACCGCUUUCCUCCACCGUGGUAUCGCAUCCAUCGAUAUGGGUGCUGGCGGAGGUCCAAACGAUCCCGUUUACCCUUACCACAGCAACUACGACUCCUACCACUGGAUGGCCACGUUUGGAGACCCUGGCUUCGUCACCCACAAGGCGAUGGGCCAGUUCCUCACUCUCCUCUUGUACCACAUGGUAUCCGACCCCGUCCUGCCCCUUGAGCCAGCAGAUUACGUCUCAGAGCUCAACACUUACCUUGAAGCUCUCGAGACGGAUAUCAGCAGCAGCAACUUCACCGUUGACCUUACAAACCUCACUGCCGCUAUCACCCAAUUCGAAACCUCCGCCCAGGAGUUUGUCGAUCUAAGAGAUCAAGCUGUUGCUGCGAAUGACACGGAGCUCAUCACUGUGCAGAACCACAAGGCGAGGGACUUCUCCCGGGGCUUCACUUCGCAGGGUGGACUGCCCACCAGAGAGUUCUAUCAGCAUACUAUCUUCGCUCCUGGGCGCGAUACAGGAUACGCGCCUGUAACGUUCCCGGGUAUCACGGAAAGCAUCACGUUUGAUCAGGAUGCGGACUUGGCGCAGGAGUGGGUGCAGAAGACUAGUGAUGCGAUUUUGGUGGCUGCUAGUAUCCUGAAGACCUAG